AUGCCCAUGCAAAAGUUUCAGCAUCCCGGCCAGCACCCGCAACAUCCCCAACAGCAGACGCAGCAACAACAGCAGCAGCAGCAGCAACAACAACAACACCACGCCCCUCACUCGCAAUCAAACCCGGUUCUCUCGCACCAGCAACACAGCUACUCCGCCGGUGCUCUCUCCAACGCCGCUGCUCAGCAUUUCACCCCCUCCCACCUGCAAAACGGCUCCUCCGCUAACCUCGAAGACGAGGUUGAUGAACCCAUGAACGAGCACUGGCAGCAGCAACUACAGCUUGCCGCAGAAUCCAGACAGGCCAAUUCCCCUCACUACUAUGCCAGAUCCGUCGCCCAGCAGACCAAGGGUAUCCAGCUAUCCUCCCAUCAAAACGAUUCCAAUGAAAACGGCACUGAGGACCGUAAUCGCGCUGUGGCCGUAAAGGAAACCCGCCGCCAGGACUGGAUGGCCAUUGACUUUGGUGGCCAGGGUCUUCGCGCUCUCUCCGACGGCCUCUUCCACUAUGCCUUCCUCGACAAGCUCUAUCUCAACCACAACAAGCUCAAAACCCUUCCUCGCAAGAUCGGCCAGCUCAAGAACCUCACCCACCUGGACGUGUCCAGCAACGAGCUUACGGAGAUCCCAGAAGAGAUUGGCAUGCUAACUAACCUGAAGAGGCUUCUUCUUUUCGACAACAAUCUACAAACUCUUCCGUUCGAGAUGGGUUAUCUCUGCGAACUUGAAACCCUCGGCGUCGAGGGGAACCCGUUAAACGAUGUGCUCAAGUCGCGCAUCAUGCAAGAGGGAACAAAGGCACUUAUCAAGUACCUCAAGGAAGAGACGCCAGCAUGGGUAGUGCCAAUGCCUCCGUCUGACCGAGACUGGAUUGUUUUGGACGAAAGCGGCCGCGGCUCGUCGAAGAAUCCGCAUGACAAGUUUACUGUGCUUACGUACAACACUCUGUGCGAUCGAUAUGCUACACACCAGCAGUACGGAUACGCUCCAUCAAAAGCACUCGCCUGGGAGCUCCGUCGUGACCUUCUUCUCAGCGAAAUCAGAGGCCAGGACGCCGACAUUGUCUGCCUGCAGGAAGUCGACCAAGGCAGCUACCAUGGUUUCUUCAGGGAACAGCUGGCGUAUAACGAUUACAAGGGCGUAUACUGGCCGAAGGGUCGCGCCCAAGGUAUGAGCGAAGAAGAAGCCAAGGUCGUCGAUGGUUGCGCCACCUUCUUCAAGGGAAGCAAGUACAUCCUCCUCGAGAAGGCGAUGAUUCACUUCGGCCAAACCGCAGUACGACGACCUGACGCCAAGGGCCAGGACGACAUCUAUAACCGGCUGUGGCAAAAGGACAACAUUGCCGUUGUCGUCUAUCUUGAGAACCGCAUGUCCGGAGAGCGUAUCAUUGUAGUCAACGCGCACAUCUACUGGGAUCCUGCGUACAAAGAUGUCAAGCUCGUUCAAUCCGCCAUCAUGAUGGAAGAAGUCACGCAGCUUGCCGAGAAGUUCAUCAAGAUACCUCCGUGCACAGACAAGACAGCCUUCCGCUUCUCCGAGCCAGAGGACGAGACGAACAACAGCGAAAACACCAGCCCGCCCACGCCCGUUGAGCCGUCUCCGUCCGUCGAGUACAGCAGCCCAUCUCAGAUUCCGAUCUUGGUAUGCGGCGACUUUAACUCCCGCCCAUCCUCCGCGGUCUACAACCUUCUCGCCCACGGCCGUCUAGAGGAAGAACAUCCUGACCUCCGGGAUCGUCUAUACGGCAACCUCACGCGCCAAGGCAUGACACAUCCCUUCACCCUCAAGUCAGCCUACUCUGCCAUAGGCGAGCUCUCCUUCACCAACUACACGCCAGGCUUCACCGAUGUCAUCGAUUACAUCUGGUACUCCUCCAAUCUGCUGCAAGUCACCGGACUGCUCGGAGAAGUGGAUAAGGAAUACUUGCAGCGUGUCCCUGGCUUCCCCAACUACCAUUUCCCUAGUGAUCAUCUGGCGUUGAUGGCGGAGUUUUCGGUCAAGAACAAGAAAGGGAAGGUAGUUGAGGUCGACUUUGGCCCGCAACGAGAUCGUGAUAAGGAUCGAGCUCGCGGAUAG